CAUAUCUUGAGAGUGUGUUGGAAGCUCGAUCGUGUGUAUUGGUAGUCAUACUUAGGGAAUAGCGUCUUGGCACUCUUUGCUGAGAUGUCUUUCGUUUCAGAGGUUGAGGAUUUGCAGAUAUCCAAGUAUGCCAAUAUUGGCGGUCUUGCAAUUCUCAUAUUUGAUUUCUGCAUCACGUUCCAGGACGAGGUACAGUGGACCUGGAACAGGCCAUGGGGUUUCAUUCGUGUCAUCUUCACCAUAUCUCGAUAUCUGCCUUUCGUAGGCUCUGGACUGACUGCAUAUGCUGCACUGCGUGUCAGCGGUCCGUGUCCCCCUAGUCUGGAAGAAAACAUUAUUCAUAUUAUAGGUAUCAUUGCUGCGGAAGGCUUGCUGGUUAUUCGGACCUGGGCAUUCUGGGAAAAGAGCAAAAGAGUGCUGAUUGGAUUAUCAAUUUAUAGUGUGGUGACAAUAAUCGCCGCCGUUUCUAUGAACGUCCUUCCAAAUCACCAGCUCAUUUCAACAGAUGUGUCUGCUAUACCGGGACCAUGCGGCUUCGAGUCGUCAAGAAAUGCUGCGCUGUGGCUCCACGACUACCGGGAAAUUCAGAGCUCGAUAGUAGCAGCCUUCUAUGGUGGUAGUAUGCUUUACAUGUUGUGCAUUAUCGCCAUCACGGUCAUCAAUGUGAUUAUUGACGCAGCACUUCCGGUCGGCUAUACAAAUAUGUUUGAUACGCUUCAAGUGGUUAUUCAUAGCGUCCUGGCCUCACGGAUUCUAUUCCACCUUCGAAGUAGCGACGGUCGUGCUCAUGAGCAUGACACGCCCAUACCAUUGUUGGUUUCAGCUAUUCGCUAUGGAAAACCUUCGCAAACUCAGAUGGACGGGACAAUAGGUGAAUCCAUUGAAGCAUGAGGCGGGCUUAGUGGCUUGUGGUCAGAAUCGGACAAGGUUUUGUUAGGGCUAGGGCCACAGAUGAAGUAUGUGAAUAGGGGUUGUGCCGACAUAGGAUCUCACUGCAGAAACCAGUGUAACUUUAUGUACGCUAAGUUAGAGAUCGGU